AUGGCCUCUCUCAUCCGCACUUCCCUUCGCACUGGCCUUCGCGCCAGCUCUUCCUCCGCUGCGCCCUUGACCUUCACCCGCGGCAAGGCUACUCUGCCCGAUCUCGCCUACGACUAUGGCGCUCUUGAGCCCGCUGUUUCCGGCAAAAUCAUGGAGCUGCACCACAAGAACCACCACCAGACCUACGUCAACAGCUACAACACCGCUAUCGAGCAGCUCCAGGAAGCUCAGGCGAGCAACAACAUUGCCGCUCAGAUUGCUCUUAAGCCCCUGAUCAACUUCCACGGCGGUGGUCACAUCAACCACACCCUCUUCUGGGAGAACCUUGCUCCCAAGAAUGCCGGUGGUGGUGAGCCUCCUUCCGGUGCCCUCUCCAAGGCCAUCAACGACAGCUUCGGGAGCCUCGAGAAGUUCCAGGGCCAGAUGAACACCGCCCUUGCCGGUAUCCAGGGAAGCGGUUGGGCUUGGUUGGUCCAGGACAAGCAGACCGGCAGCAUCGCCAUCAAGACCUACGCGAACCAGGACCCCGUUGUUGGACAGUUCAAGCCCCUCCUCGGUAUUGAUGCUUGGGAGCACGCCUACUACCUGCAAUACCAGAACCGCAAGGCAGAGUACUUCAAGGCGAUUUGGGAGGUGAUCAACUGGAAGGCCGUUGAGAAGCGCUUUGCUUAA